AUGGAGAAUCGGAAAGAGUUUCUGGAAAGAAGAGAGCAGCUGCCUAAGGAGAGGCGGCUACGUGAGAACCUAGCUGAUCUUUUCUUGAGUGGCGAGAUCAGUGGGAAGCGAGCCCGUACCCUGUACCAGGAUGCAGGGGACGCCAAAGCUGUGCAUGUUUCCGAUGUGGCUGGAGAUACAGAUCACAAUGCACACCGCGACGUCUUGAGAAAGCUGCUGUCCAAUUCUAGAUGGCCCGACCUGUUCGAGUGUGAUGUACCGGUAUACGAUACGAAAACAGACAAAGAAUCUGUCGCGAAACUUUUCAUGAUGCUGCCACACGAGCUGGUGGACACGGUGAUUCGCUGGAACAAGGACUCCAUUGACAAGUUUGCAUCGAUGGAACACUUGAGGCCUCAGCUGGCAAACAAGAUGGAGGAAAUCCGCUCUUUCUUCGAAGCCUCGUCCGCUUCGGGCUCAAGUACUGCACCGCUGAUCAGCAUUGCUUUGUGGGCAGAUGGGGUCCCCAUCAAGGGGGACCGAAGCGAAUCGUUGGAAAUGGUCACAAUGUCAUUCCCUGGACUUGGAGUCCGACAAGACAUUCGGAUUCCCUUGACGGUGAUGAACAAGAAAUUUUUUUUAAAGGGCGGGAAGACUUGGGACGCUGUGUUCAAGGUGUUAUCUUGGUCUUGCCAUUCCUUGCUGUCGGGCUUCUUUCCGUCGCACGAAUCGAAUGGCACCCUUUUGCAAGGCAAAAGAGCGAAGCUGGCGGGCCGUCCCAUGCAUGCACGAGGAGCAGUCGUAGAAAUUCGUGGAGAUUGGUCUAUGCUGAAGGCAUCCUUUAGGAUGCCUGCCUGGAACGAGAAGAGGUGUUGUUGUUUUGUCUGCAAAGCGACGCCGGAAACUAUGCGAGAUUUGGGCCCCACUGCCCCAUGGAGGACCCAGCUUUGGGAGACUUCCGACCUUUUGGUCCACAUGCUCGACUUGCACAAGAACUGUUCGCCAAUAUUUGAAGCCCCGUUCGUCGACAUUCGCACCUUUUGUAUAGAUUGGCUACACUGUUGCGAUCUUGGAGUAUGCCAAGAUUAUUUGGGCAACGCCAUGUUUUUGAUGAGUACGAAGAUGCCCGCCGACAAUCAUGAGAAGAGAGUACAGUUGCUUUUUGAUGACAUUCGACAGUAUUAUGUUACCAAUCGAUGCGACAACCAGCUGGGUGCACUUACGCCACUGAUGAUUCGCAAGAAAGCAUCCAAGUCGCCUAAAUUGCGGUCCAAGGCUGGGGAAGCGAGAUCCCUGGUGGAUUGGGUGGUCAUGGCUUGUGACAAGUACUUGCAAGGCUACGGACUGUCGUCCGAGGAGUCGACAUGUCGUAUGGCAUCGAAGCAUUUGCAAGCAUGCUAUCGGAAUCUCUCCCGCGAAGCUUUCGAUGCCGAUGACCUGGCUUUCCAUUGCAAGCAGUUUUUGCACUUGUACAUGGCUUUGGAAGAAGCUGUGCAGCCGAUGGCGAGAAGCUCACCCAGCAUGUGGCGGACCUACAGGGACGAAAGCUUCGGAUCGCGGCGCAGAGCAGAUCCAGGGGCGGGCAUGAAGGGCCUUCUCCAAUGGCAGCUCACCCAGCAAGCCGGGAACAGCAUCUUUGCGCGCAGAAGUGGGCACACCUCUGCGCCGUACUCAGGAGGCUACAUUUUGUCGCUUGACAUGUCAAUGGCUUUCGACGCUGUGCCCAGAAGUCUUGUGAGAGAUUCCUUGCUGGCUGCAGGGGUUGGGGAUCACGAAGUACACAUCAUUAUGGAAUGGCUCACCGGCUCUACAUACCACCUUCAGCAUGCACACAUCAAUCUACGCAUAGUGACUGAGCGUGGCAUCAGGCAAGGAUGUACUUUGUCCCCGCUGAUCUGGACAUGCUUCACUUGUUAUGUUGCCUACCAACUGCAACCGAUCAUCCCUCUCACUGACCUUCAAAUUUACGCCGACGAUUUUCUCUUGAGCAAAAUUUUUCACACGAAGCAGCAGUUCCUUGAGGCUUUGCAGAUCGCGGUGGACAAUCUCCGGCAACGCCUGGGCCUUGCUGCGGCCACGCCAGACCUUAUCAUGCAAAAUCCGGAAAUGCUUGCACAGGCCACUUGGGCACGUGAGCAGCUGACUGACGCAGUCACAGGGCUGCCUUUUCUUGCAGAGCAUAUGACCGAGCUCACCAAGGAGGGUGUUACAUCUCUGUUCGGGGCAGUGCUACCAGCAGUCAGCUUGCUCGAGGGCAGGCAAGGCAAGAACAAAUCAAAAAGGCAGCGCGAGACAUCAGAGGCUUCUUCGGAGCGAGCUCCAGAACAAUCGCUGAUCCCGCUGAUAGCCAAGCUAUGCUUGAGGCACGAGGACUCAAUCAACAUUCUUCAGGCGGAUCGAGCAUACACGAUGAUCUUCAAGACCACAGGCGGGGAGACCAUGCUGUCGACAGUCAACGAUCUUUCAAUGCGAUGGAAGGAACUUCAGGCUGCAGGGAAGACCGAUUGUCCCAAGCGCAUGGCUCUCUUCAAGGGCAUCCUCCUAGAACUCCUCACGCGGGCCAAAGCGGUGCUGAGCGUGGAGGAAAAGGUGCAGCUGCUCAUUCAAUACAAUUCGAUUGUCAAGAAGGACGGACGGGAGCCAGCUUGGAUGCCAUUGGUCUGGAGUGUGGCUCAGCAGAAGGAGAUCGUGUGUCCAGAUGUGGGACCGCUCCCACACUCCGAUGCGGUGAAGGCGCUCGAGACGCUGCUGGCAUUGGCCAGCGGGCAGAUCGUGCAGCGCUUCCAUCCAACGCGGCAGCUCGCGGAGGAAUACACCGGCGAGGUGCUCGAGUUCAAGCUGGAGACCUCGAUCAAAGGUCCCGAGGCGAUGAAGCUCCGCGAUUUGGAUGCUGGUGGGUGCCAGACUCCGACCACAGGGGCUGAAGAGAGAUCCACUUGCGCGGAAACUUCAGGAGCUGCUCUCCGGCGGGUGUUGGCCCUAAAACUGCACAAUCAUGGCAACCUUUGUUACCAAAAUGCCUUCGUGAUGACGUGGCUAUGGGCCACCUUGCAUGCUUACACGCGUGAGGUCGGGGAACACAUCGAUGCACGACUAGGUCGAUGCUCAGGCCUUGUUCAGGCAUUGCUUUUGGGCUCAUAUGAUCGCUUGUCGAGGGUCUUUGCUUGGAGCGCCGUCUUGCAACAGUGGUCACGACCCCAGCAACAACAUGAUAUAGGUGAGUUUGCCAUGCAUGCAUUGCCAAAGCUGCGGACUGGCAUGAUGCAAGGCCUUUGGUUUGCCAGAGUUAGAGCUGGGACCCCAGCAGUCCCAGAGGUCCGUGAAGUGGAUCGCGGCCCUUUGCAUCUCCCAAUCACAAUGCCAAUUCCAGAGGAUGCGUGCACCAUACAACAGUGCGUUGAGGCUUGGUGCCAGCAGGAUGAUGUUCAUGCUUUGGGGUUUGCCUCGCCCUUAAUCCUUGUGCAGCUCGGUCGCUUCCGACAGCGAUCACACCGACAUGUGAGCAAAUUCAAAGGGAUUGUUGAGCUUGAUGGGAUCAUUAGCAUACCGGUUUUUGCCAAUGACAAUAAUCUGGACUUGAAUCACUGUCAAUAUCGUGUCAUUGCGGGGGCUUUCCACAUUGGAAACACCCCAGCCUCAGGUCAUUAUCGAGGUCUCCUUUGUGAGGCUUGUGAUGUGCCGGGUCCGGUAAACCCAGGGGUGCCUCUGCGCGCACUCGAGAAUGCUUUUGAGACCGAUGAUGGUCGUAUCCCACGCAAGCUUGAUAGCUCCGAACAUUCGCUUAUCCUCAAAAACACGUAUCUUGUCUGGUUGCUCAAACAAUGUUGA